GUUGUGUGCCUGUAAAACCUGCUCCCCGGGUCAUCGAAACAGGGGAAACAGUGGACCGUAAUCCUCCUGCUAUUUAUCCGGUUUGUCCCCUCCGGCUGCGGGAUGCAUUAAUGUCCUCCGCUGGCUCCGUUCAGCCGCCGUCACCUCCCCGUGCCUUCACGAGUCCUGGCGGGCCCCAACCACCCGCCAUGGCCUCAGCGUUCCCCCGCUGCACAUCUGUCAGACUCCCCGCGUCGUUCGCCGUCAUCCUCCUGCUGAUGUCGGUGACAGCUGUGCAGUCCUCCCAGGGAGACAAGGAGCCGGUUUACCGGGACUGCGUUAAGCUGUGUGUCCGGACCAACUGCACCGGCGCGCGGCUGCAGGGCUUUGAGUCCAGCCAGCCGCAGUACAUGGCGCUGACAGGUUGGACAUGCCGGGAUGACUGUAAAUAUCAGUGCAUGUGGACCACUGUUGGCCUUUACCAGGCUGAGGGUUACAGAGUCCCACAGUUCCACGGCAAGUGGCCAUUUGUGCGCUUCUUAUGCUUUGAGGAGCCUGCAUCCGCGCUGGCGUCUCUGCUGAACGGCUUGGCCUGCCUGUUCAUGAUGCUGCGAUACCGGAGUACGGUGCCCCGCCAGAGCCCCAUGUACCACACCAUCAACGCCUUCUCUCUGGUAUCUCUUAAUGCCUGGUUCUGGUCUACAGUGUUUCACACCCGUGACACAUAUCUCACAGAGAAAAUGGACUAUUUCGGUGCAACAGCAGUGAUUCUUUACUCAAUCUACCUGUGCUGCGUCAGAACUCUGGGUCUGAGGCGUCCGGGUGUGUCCAGCAUGGUGGGGGUUCUGCUCAUCCUGGCCUUUACAUCUCACGUCUCCUACCUGACUUUUGUCAGUUUUGACUACGGCUACAACAUGGCAGCCAACGCAACCAUCGGCAUGGUGAACCUCCUGUGGUGGUUGUGUUGGUGCUGGCAGAACAGACGGACUCUCCCAUACUGGUGGAAGUGCGGCUUGGUGGUGCUGCUGCUUCACGGCCUGGCCCUGCUGGAGCUGCUGGACUUUCCUCCGUGGCUGUGGGUCUUUGAUGCGCAUGCUGUGUGGCACCUCAGCACCAUCCCGGUUCACUUCCUUUUCUACAGUUUCCUGAUAGAUGACAGCCUUUACCUACUAAACACAGAGAAGUUGGGGGUUAAGGUGGAGUAGCAGGAAAUCACCUCUUCGUUACACCUUCACUCCCUCAUGCCUCCAAUCAGGGCCCUGAACAUAGAAGCAGCUCCGCCUCCCAGAUGACACGCCGCACACCUCUGACUCUCUUCAAAGUAGACUUUGUUUACAUUCUUUUUUAUUUAUUGUGCCGUUAUCCUCUACUUUUUAAAAUUGACAUGAUUGAUGUUUGUUGUACAUUGACUUGCGUUUCCACCUGUGCUGCAUUUUACUAUUUUCACAACCACACAUUUUGAGCCAACUUUAGGGGAAAAAUUACUUGAAAAGGUACAGUCAAGUUCCAGCUGUGCCUGAAUUGCACUCGUGAAUCUGUUGAGCACAGAAAUGCACUCCGACGAUCAAAUCUGCAACAGCAGAGGAUUUCAGCAGCUGUCAAUAGAUGGCAGCAGAUCGGUUCGCAGGCCUGCAUGUGCCGUGCAGCAGUGGUCUUUGUUGCACAGCUAAAAAUGGACUGAUGGACUCACAGCGGUUCCAUCGUGUGAAGAGGGGGCUGCCGGCUGAUUGUUCUGGAAAGAGGGGGAAGGGCCUUUAUGUUGGAGGCUGUUCUAGCUGACUGCUUUUUUUUUUAUCACCAUCACACCUUUAUUUUUGUGCCUCUCUUGUUGCCAUAGCUGCUUUGUUUUUUUUUUGUUGACUUUCCUUUGUAUUAUCAGCCCCACUUUGAUUUUUUAAAAUAUGUUUUGGGUGGGAUAUCAUGAGAUUUUUUUUCUCUAUUUUAUUUUAUUAUGUUUUCAUUCACCUUAAUUGCCUUUUAGCUUGAGGUAGAAUUGAGAGAGAAGAGGAAGGAAUUUGCUGUGAACUGUGAACCCAGCACAUCUGGCUUUAGGUGCUGUGAGCGAAAGUGAGUGAGUUUUUAGUUUUGCUUUUUUUUUGUCAUGAAUCACUUCCAUAUUUUCUCACAUAUAUAAAAAUCAAGUGAAUAACUUUAAAAUCCCUUAAAAAAUCUUCUUCUGGGAUAGUUUUUGCCUUAAACUUAUAAUUCUAACCUUCAAAUCUAUCAGCAUUCUUCCGUUUUAACUUCAGAUGUUGUUUAGUUUCCCUAUCAAGGUGAAAUCACUCCAUGUUCUUCCUCACAUUGAGCUACACUCCAACAUCUGCACUUUAUCGACCGAGCGUCCACGUGUGUUCGCGCCUUUGUUUGUCUCAAUGAGGACAUUUACGAUGGCGAGUGUGGAUGUUUACAUGUUGCCUUUUCUGGAAAUCUUGUUUCUUUUGCCAUUAAAAACUGAAUGCCUGUUUGUGUGUCUAAGAGAAUAAACAAAAUCCAAAGAAGAACCUCAGAGGAUCUGCUGAUCAAGACAAUUGUAAAAGAUGAAAGGCUGGGUCCUCUGUAUGUUGGCCCUUAAGUGCCACAAUCCAGAAAAUAAAGUUGUUGAAUUAAUUACCUGCCAAAAUUAAAUGCUUUAUAUAAUAUACAAUUAGAAUUAAAUCUUAUAGUUAAAAAUCAUUGAUUUGUUACAAUGAUAUUUUUUUCUGUUUGUUGAAUUUUUUUUUGUGUGUGCUUCAGUCCAUUAUGAAACAAUUCAAACAGUCAUUGUGGUUCAUAACAUAGACUCUAACGUGUGAUUAGUUAACAUAUACAGCAUGGUAACUUUGGACCAAUCCUGUUAAACUAUAGCAACAUUAACUCACUAUCCACGUCUGUAAGAGAGACAAAAGUGGAUGUUUUCUCCUCAAUUUCAUUAAGGAUCAUUCAAAAGUGGUAAUGCUUAUGUCAUUAAAAUUAUUUUUUAUUACAAAAAAUAUAUUUUACUACUUAAAUAGUAUUAUGUUUAUAGUGUUUAUGCUUCAGGAAUUAUCUAGUAAGAAUCAGUGGGAGGGGAAAAUAAGUCAAGGUGAUGAAGGGUGAAAGAAACCCUGCAAAGUUUAGACAAAUCACUGAAAGGACACAUUAAUGAUUUAAUUAAUAAAUGUGACUGUUGAAAUUGUGAAAUUUUUAAUCAAACAAUGAUAUACAAUAAACUCAUUUUAAAAAGUUGUUUACGAAAUUGUGGCACUUUGUGGCUCCAUACUUCGGCACCAACAACUUUUGAAUGUUGUAAUGAGAAAAAAAUGAUAUGAAUAUUUGUUUAAAUCAAACUUUGUGAUUAAAAGAUGUUGAUAUAUUUAUAAAAUUACAGUUCAAAUGAAAACACCUCUUUCUGAAACAUUGAAGCCUGAGAGCAGUUUUGGCUCUGAGAUUAUUUCCAUCAAUCAUUUCUGUCUUCCUCAGUAGUGAACACUUCCCUUUGCUGCCCCCUGCCUGCUGCCCUGUGCAACAUCACCUCUGAACGCACUUUU